AGUGUUCUCCUUCGCUCCUUUUGACAACAAUUUUUUGCAAAUUCUUUCUGCAUUUAAGGGUGUCUCAAAAUUUUGUGGGGUGAUGCACAACCACCAAAAUUAAAUACGCGUGGAUAUCAUAUGAUGAUGCCAACCAACAACACCAAUAACAAUGACAACAACAACAACAAAUAUGCCUUAUUUACUUAAAUAGGCAUUGCUCAUCAGCAAUAAAUUCGUGGAAUUUUGUUAGGCGAAGUCUUUGAAUAUUUCUAUAACAAACUAUAUGAGCCAGUAAGGAUAUUAAAGAGAAACAUUUGCCGUAAAUUGAAAAUGCAUCGCAUACAGCACUAAAAUAUUAAAGAACGCACAACACUUGUCCACACUUUGACAUGAUAUAUAUAUGAUAUAAGUAACCUAAAGAUCAGAAUCAUAAAUUUUAAAGGAAAAACGUAAAGUGUCAACAGGAGAACAAUUUUUUGAACUUCCACUGAAGUCUGCUGUUAUUUAUAAUUUUUAAAGCACAAAAAUGUCCAAACAUCCUGAUAAUGAUAAUUUACGCAAUGACAUAUACGAAAAUUUGCCUUGCCAGGCCAUGUACAAUGAGUCCGUACGGAAAAUACAACAACAGAAAACCGCACAAACAGCUGGCAACAAUAUGGCGAAUAAUGUAAUUUCCCAGCAAUUGUUGCUGAAUAAUAUCAGCAAUCAGAAUGUGCACAUAAAUUCCAAUUCUAAUUCAAAUUCAACACCAAACAACAAGCAGCAUCAGCAUCAACAUCAUCACCAACACCAACAGCAGUCACCGCAGCAGCAACAAAGCAAUAAACACUACGCAGUCAGCAAUAUUCCCAAAGAAAUGCUCUACGCUACGCCCUUACGCAAAUCAGAUCGCUAUAAAAGCGGUGAGCGUAGUCGGUAUAAUAGCUCACAAGGACGCGUAACUCAACAUGAUUCAUCUGCUAGUAAUGAUGCGAAAUUAUCAAAUUUAAUGGAAUACAAACCACUCAACUCCAAGGAUACAAAUCGCAUGUGCACUCGUAAUGGCAACACCAUACCAGUUACAGAUUUAGAUGAAGACGACGAUAAUACAGUUGAAGGUUGCUCAUCGAGUGCUUUGGUCGGUAGUACAGGGUACACGAAACAACCAUCAUCAUUACCACCGCUACCAAGUACGGGCACACCUAAUCAUCAAUUGGAAGAUAGACGUAUACUUAACUUUUUAAAAGACACAACACAGUUACAAAAGAAAUUAGAAAUUUCUGGACGAGACUGUCCAAAUGCUAGUUUUUCCAAUUUGGCACGUGAGGAACACUUCGCCAACUUAGUUCAACAAAACUUUCCAAUAGAAUCGACACAUGGUAAUGAACGAGUUAUAGCUACCAAUUUUACUCCUCAAAAUGAAACGAAUGCCACUGCAAAUACAGAAAUUGUAACAGCUCCACUUGAAGGGACCACAGAAAAUUUGGAAGUGUUUAUGCAAAAGAAGGCAUCACCUGACAAAGAAGUUAAUGGUCUUGUGGCAAAUGGCACUCAUAGCAUUCAAAGUACAAUACGCUGCAACGCCACAGUCUAUAUACACCGAGAGUGGGUACUAAAGAAGAUUGCCGUGUGUUUGGAACAACGUACAGCAGGUAAAAAAUCAAUGCCCGGCUUACUCGGUGCUGCAGGUGGUGUUAAGACUGAAGCUUUAAGUGGCGGAUUCAUGUCUAGCCGAGCAAAAGCUUCAGCGAUUUCAAGCUCUUCUUACAAUGGUUGUCUUGUUUUGGGUUCUAAUGGUUCAGGCAAAACGUCUAUAUGCCAAGCAAUUAUGAAUGGAAAUUCAGGCACAAAAGGCAUUUUAAAUCGUAAGCUACUUGCAUGUUAUCUUAUUGAAUCCCAAAAUCCAGAUUGCCAUAGUUUAUCACUAUUUAUACGCAAAAUAGUACUACAAAUACUCAGCCAUUCCUCGAUGAUAACUAAAGAAGAUAAUCAAAGAAUUAUUGAUGAGGGCUUAUCAUUUCUGCAAGAAGAAGCACAACAACAAGAAUCAAAAUUAGACGAGGCUAUGAAUAACAUAUCUUUAGAUGAAAAUGCAGAGGAAAUACUUAUUGCAGAGUUAAAACGUGGCGCUGCGGAUUAUGAGAAUGGCAUUACGAACUUUAAUGAAAGGCGUACCUCAACCAGCCACAAAUCAAAUAUAGGUAUAGUUCGUCAAAAAUCUGAACCGGCUGGUGAUGCAAAACUAACUACACCGAUUGAAGAAAUAAAAAAAUAUAAUUAUGGCACACAUCCACCCAAAAAUAGCACAAGAGAACCAAGUGAAGAUAAGGACAACGACACAGAGAAAGCACAUAAAGAAGAUAUUGAAAAAGAAAGAGAAAAAGGUAAAGAAAAAGAUAAAGAGAAAGAAUCGCCAUCAACUUCAAAUAAGUGUAGUCCAGGGAAAAAAUCUAAAAUACCAGUAAAACUAGGACGGCCAACUGCAGUGGCAUCUCCAGUGAAAGUAGUAGCUACUCCUACUAACUCAGGCAAUGCUAUACAACAAGGAGGAGGUGAAGAUAUUGCCGAUUUUGUAAGUGAAGAACUUAAGAGUGAAAUAGAAGCAGCAAUUAACGAUGAUAAUGCCGAUGAAGAAAAAGAAACAAUAUCCAAAGAAACAAACGAACGCGAAGACAACGAAGAUAAACCAGAGGCUGAAAAAGAUAUAUUUAAUGAUUACAAAGAAAAAGAAGCAACGAAUGAAAAAACUAAAGAAUUGACAGAGAAUUUAAUUGAUUUCGAUAAAAGCCCGAAUGCUGCACAAAAUACAGAUAUUACUGCAUCUAUUAAAACUGAUACCGAGAAAUAUCGACACCCUAUAGAAUCAUCAAACACAAACACAUUACCACCACCGCUACCAAAACCAAAGAGCUGUCGUACUGUUAUUGCUGAUGGCUAUUACGAAAUGUUACUAUCAAAUCCUGAAAUAUUUGAAUGUUUAAAUGUGGAUAAUAUAGAGAAAAAUCCUGACGAAUGCUUUAAGAAGGCCUUAUUGUUCCCAUUAUUAGAACUAACACCACCCAAAGCUGCAUUACUCCUUUUGAUAGAUUCAAUAGAUGAGAAUUAUAUCAAUGAAGGUAAUUUGAUUUCAACUCUAAAAGGUGGACGUGGUACAACAACGCACCACAAGAGCAGAAAUGUAGCUGAACUGUUAUCGAAUCACAUACAUCUAUUUCCGAAAUGGUUGUUCCUAGUAUGUACUACCAAAAAGCAAACCAAACAAAUAACUAAAAUGUUUACCGGAUUUAAGAAAAUAACACUUGAUGAUCUACGUAAGUCACACGUGGUUAAAGAUGUACAGGAGUACAUUAUUAAUCGUCUAAAUUCGGAUUUCAAGGAUAGCAUAAUGCUAACCAAAGAAAUAAUUGAAUCAUUGCAUCAACUCUAUAUUAAAUCAAACGGUUGUAUAUUGUACUUGGAAAAGGUACUAAAUGGUAUCAAAGAAAAUUUCUUCAGCUUCCGUGAAAUCAAAUUAAUUCCAUGUACUCUGAAUGGUCUCUAUUUGUACAUAUGUCAGAAGUCUUUCAAUAAGAAGCAAUACAUGAAAAUACGACCAUUACUUAAUGUGUUACUAGCUUCCUCUGGCUACGUGGACAAGUUGUUUCUAUUUAAUUGCCUACGCACACAUAACUAUACGAUUGACACAGAUGAAUUUGAGAAACGCCUACAUUUGAUGAAGAACAUACUCGCCUACGAUACCGAACAGACGCGUCUUAAAAUCUUUCACAAUUCAUUUUCAGAUUGGUUGGUGGAUGUAAAAUUCGCUACAAAGAAAUUUAUUUGUGACGUCAACGAGGGUCACGUUAUAAUCUCAAUGUAUUAUUUACUUGUAGCUGAUACGCUUUGCGCCAAUAAUGUGCGUAAAUUUGUGUAUCAUCUUAUAAAGUCAGGAGAGUACUUGACUAAUCGUAAUGUGAGUCUGGACAUGAUUUUAAUGCUUUUGGAAUCACGUUUAAACUUGAACGAUUGCUUUUACACUAACCAACUAAACUGCUGUUCGCUUUGUGAAAAUGAUUUUAAAAAUGAUCCAAAUUUUCUACCCAAGACCCGCGCAAUGGUCGAGAAAUUUUUAACUAGUAAACUAACUGAUGAAUUUUCACAGUUCUUGUGUGACUUCUUUAAACCGAAUCUUCCCACUGAUGCAAAAAUUCUGAAGUUGUUAAUUGAAACUGGAAUCAACAAUGCAGAAUCACAGAAUUCGUGUGAGUCAUCUCUUAUGUCUCCAGAACUGUCAGAAAAAUCGCAAAAUAUUGACUUCGAAUUAGCUGAUCUAUUGAUUUCAAGUGAAAAAUCGUGCAUGCUGGAGACACAACGACCUACUAGUCCAUCAGAGAAAAGUGAACCACCCAAUGAAAGUCAGGAUGAAAAUACUUCAAGCGCUUUACAUCAACUUUCUGAUUCUAAUCGCAUCGAGUUGCACAAGGGUAAAGCGCUUGUACACAUACUUGCAAACGAUGGUAAUCAUCAACUCUUGGAGCGCGCAUUAAAUGCCUGUAAAGGUCCUAUAGAUCUUGAAAUUGAAGAUUAUAAUGGUCAAACUGCUUUAAACAUAGCCGCACGUAAUGGCCAUUUAGAUGUAGUAAAGUUACUCUUAAAUUUUACACAACCCUGUAAUGAUGGCACCGGGCGUAUGCGACGCAUAGAUGUAAAUCACGCUGAUCGUGAUGGAUGGACGCCAUUACGUUCUGCGUCUUGGGGUGGUCAUACUGAAGUGGUUAAGUUACUCAUAUUGCAGCCAUCUUGCAAAAUUGACUUAGCAGAUAAAGAAGGGCGUACUGCUUUACGUGCAGCUGCUUGGAGUGGUCAUGAAGACAUACUUAAAAUACUAAUAGAGUCAGGUGCUGAUGUGAAUUCUGUUGAUAGGCAAGGGCGCACAUCAUUAAUAGCGGCGUCUUAUAUGGGUCACUAUGAUAUUGUGGAAAUAUUAUUAGAAAAUGGUGCAGAUGUAAAUCAUUUGGAUUUGGAUGGUCGUAGCGCACUCUGUGUAGCAGCACUUUGUGGCUCAUCCGGUUAUAGUAAAGUUAUUUCGACUUUACUGGAACAUGGUGCCAAUACGGAUCAACUUGAUAAUGACGGCAUGUCACCGUUAUUGGUGAGCUCUUUUGAGGGUAAUGCUGAGGUGUGUGAGUUACUUUUGGAAAAUGGUGCCGAUCCCGAUCUUGCUGAUUUUAUGGGUCGCACACCAUUGUGGGCCGCAUGUACAGCUGGUCAUGCUAAUGUAGUAAAACUUUUGCUGUUCUGGGGUUGUGGUAUUGAUUGCAUGGAUUCAGAGGGACGAACCGUAUUGAGUAUUGCAGCUGCACAGGGUAAUGUGGAGACUGUACGACAAUUACUGGAUCGUGGGCUUGAUGAGACGCAUCGAGAUAAUGCAGGUUGGACUCCCUUACAUUACUCUGCUUUCGAAGGUUUUCAUGAAGUUUGCUUGCAAUUACUUGAAUCGGGUGCUAAAAUUGAUGAGUGUGACAACGAAGGCAAAACUGCUUUGCAUCUCGCUGCUCAGGAAGGUCGCACAAAAUGUGUGCAAGUGUUAUUAGAAAUUCACUCAACUUUUGUUGAUCAGAAAGCGCAUGAUGGCAAAACUGCAUUCCGACUAGCAUGUUUAGAAGGCCACCUCGAUACUCUACAGUAUUUAUUGAAAUUCUGUUGCGAUGUUAACUCUACUGAUGCUGAUUCUCGCACUACACUCUAUAUAUUGGCCCUUGAAAAUAAACUUGAUAUAGUUAAGUAUUUGUUGGAGAUGACUAAUGUGGAUGUGAACAUACCCGACAGCGAAGGUCGUACCGCUCUGCAUGUGGCAGCUUGGCAAGGACACACUGAAAUGGUUAAGCUACUUAUCACAUUAGGUAAUGCUGAUGUAAAUGCCAUGGACUUGGAAGCACGUACCCCUUUGCACUCAUGCGCUUGGCAGGGAAAUCAUGAUGUUAUCAAUAUUUUAUUAUAUUUUGGAGCUAUGGCUGAUCACGCCUGUAAACAAGGCGCUACCGCCUUAGGCAUUUCGGCGCAGGAAGGACAUGAUAAAUGUGUUAUUGCUUUGCUUAAAUAUGGUGCGAAUCCCUAUAAAUCUGAUCAUUGUGGACGCACCCCUAUUAAAUUAGCAGCUAAGUCAAAUCGCUCAAAUAUAUUAAAAAUUUUUGAAACCUAUACUAAAGUUGAAGCUAAUAGCUCUAUGGAACCAAAAUUCCAUGCAAAUAUGCUACGUUCACCGGAUCAACCACCAUCUUUGCCGGCACAUCAGAACCUUGGCAUUGGCGCAGUACCAUUUCCACCACAUAAUUCUUCAUCAUCGGUAUGUUCCGCAGCAACAACGGCAACAGUAAACAAUAUCAACAACAAUAAUAAUAGCAUGCAACCACCAAGUCUGUUGAAUGCUUCGAGCUCUACACAUAGUUCAAAUAAUUUCUAUCAGAAUACGAUGCAAUCGGAUACGAGCAGUUUACAUAAGCGCAAAAGUGUAAUUUCUAGUCAAUCCACCGGUAGUAGCAAUGAUCAACAACCGCUCACAUUUACACAGCAAUUGCAACGUCAAACUAAAUUAAACUCUCGCAAUAAUCCUUUUGUGCAAAAUGCACCAAUCAUCAAUGCUAAAAAUAGUGCUUCAGCAGCGCAUAAAGGUGCACAUGGACACCACUCUCAAAGACAUUCGCAGAUGUUACCCAAUUUAAAUGAGCAUCAUUUGGCUUCAAAUAUAGGAACAAAUGAAGCUGAUCUCUACGACAUGGAAUGCAUGUCGCCUUUAUAUGCUACACCUCCACACUCACCCAGUAGUGAGCUAAGUUCACCAGGUCAGUUACCAUCAAUAAAUGUUUUUGAUGAGAUUGCUGGGGCUUCUGGCAGUAAUCAUAGCAACGCAAUUGGUGCAACCAGCAGCAAUUCAGGUGGCAAGUCUGUUUUACCAGAUAAUCACUUCGCGCGUGACACACACAUGCGCAUAAUCUUGGGAAAUCUUAAAGAGAAUCAGUCAAGUUCAUCAAGCAAAAAUAAACGUAGCGGCAUUACUACAAAUCCAGCAAUGCGUCUUAUUCGUAGUCGGUUUGAUUCAGCAGCACAAUUGAUUCGACGAACCAAUAAUAUGCUAUCUUCAAAUAGUAAUCAGGGGUCUUCAAGUAUUGGCGUAAAAUCGGGAACAUUUCAAUGGCGUAAAGAAAGUCAAAUGUAAUUUUA